AUGGAGAAUAAUUCCAGUUUUUCAUUGUUUUGUAACGAAUUAGAUAAAAUUUUCCAAGAAUUUCAAAUAAAAAUCGAAACCAUCAAGAAGGAACAUGAAGAAAAGCUUAAAGAAAUCGAAUCUGAUACUAAGCUGGAAGCAGAUAAGAUUGCAGAAGAAAGAAAAGCCAAACAAAAAGAAAUUGAUCUUAAAACUGAUGAAUUAGAGAGGGUUGACAGAACAAUGAGAGAAAUCGACUCAAAGAGAAGACGUUCUGAAUCACUUGCGAGGUUAUACAAAUCAAAAGUUUCUUUGUUGUCAGAUGAAUUAGAUUCUCAAAAGAAAUGUUUCAAUGAAGUUGAAGGGAGAAACAAUACAAUCAUGAAAGAAAUACUCGAACAGAAGAAAGAAAACAUUCGCCAGUCAGAGAAAUUGCAACAAAAAUUUAACAAUGAUUUGUUUAAUUUUCAAAAAAUACUAGAUAACGAGCGUUUGCAACAUAAUAAUGAUAUAAAUUCUCUUAAUAAUGCACUUGAAGUCAUUGAUGAGCAAAAGAAUAUCCUUCAAAGCGUUAUUAACUCAAUCAAACAAGUAAAUGAGCAAGAAUUUAAUAAGCAAAAGAGUCAAAACCACGAAAAUGUUGAUAAUGAAGCAAAGUCAAAGCUUUUUGACCAAAAACAACAGUUUGUAUCAUCAAUUUCACAAAUAAUGGAAGAAUUACAAGUGUUGUAUAAGGAACAACAUAAAAACAAUAACAUGAUAAGGAUAAGUAACCAAGAGAUCGAGAGGAUCAACCUUAAAGAGUUUGAUUUGAAUGAAAAACUAUCGAAAUUAGAGCAAGAUCUUGAAAUGCUGAGAGAACAACGCAAAAUUGAAAUCGAAUAUAACAAUAGAGCAGUAGAAGCUAUUGAAUCCGAAAAAGCUUCUCUUCGUACAAGAAGAAACGAAUUUCAAAAAUUAUUGAAUGAUCCGGCAACAAAUGAUUCUGACAAAGAACUCUACAAAGGAGAGAUUGAGAAACUCAUUCUCCAGCUAAAGAACCUGGAUGAUGAUAAAAAUGCCUUUAUUGCUGAAAACGAUGACCUUAAAAAAGAAGAUGGAUUAGAAGCCAAGGUUAUAAUACAACAAAUACAAACUGCACAAAAUGAAAAGAACAGUUUCGAAGCUAUCGAUGCAAACAAUGUUGAAUUUCAUCAAAAUAAAAUUAAAUUAUUGGUUGAAAAUCAAAAUAAAAUUUCUGACCAGAUAUGUUUAUUAAGAAAACAACUCGAAGAGCAGAAAUAUUCUUAUAAUUCCCUACUUGAAGAAGAAAAUAAAUUAUUUGACUUGGAAAAUGCUCCAUUAGAUAAGAUUUACGAGAUGGAAGUCGAAAUGUUGAAUAACCAAUUAAGUAUGAUCGAUAAACAACGCCAAAAUCUUCAAUCUGAAUUAGAUUCUGUAAAUCAUAAGCAUUAUGAAACGACGAACAUGCUGAAUGAUAAAAUUUCCAAGUUAGAAUCGGAUAAGAAAUCUUAUCAAGAUAAGUAUGAAAGCUUGUCUAAAGAAUUAGAUUACAACAUCGAAAAUGCCAGAAAGGAAUAUGAAGAGAAAACGAAAGAUCUUCGGCGUUUAUAUGAUAAGAACAUACAAGACCUCUCAGAUCUUCAAAAGGGAAAACAAAUCUUAGAAAGAAAGUUAGAAGAAGAGGAAAAGAAGCACGAAGAAGAAAGAGAAUGGGAAAGAAACAAGUCUCAAGAAGAAAUCAAACGCGGACUUAAUCGAAUCAUCGAGUUAGAGUCACAACAGAAAAGAAUUUACAUUGAAAAUGAUGAAUUGAAGGAAAGACUUCAAACAGUUUACAUCGAUGUAUCAGAAAAAUUCAAAAACGAGUUUGAGUUCAUCAAGAAACAAUACGAAGACAACAUAAAAGUCCUAAAUGACAGACAACAGGAAGAAAUCGAUCAAUUGAAUCUUCAAAACAAAAACAUGCUAAAUGUUUUGAAGAAUGAGAAAAUAAUUGUUCAAAAUCAGCUUAACGAAGCUCGACAAAGAGUUAAGGAUCUUGAAGAUAAGAAUCAGAUUUUAUUAGAUCAAAAGCAAACAAGAGAAGAUGGAAUUGAUAGAAUUGAGGAGAAGCAAAGAGAAUAUGAAGAUAAAAUAAGUAGUUUGGAACAAAACUUUGAUCAUCUAAAUUUAGAGCAUCAGAAAGAUAUGGAAAAACUUCAAGCAGAAAUCAAGAAACUUGAAAGUGAAAAGCAACAACUAAUUAAUAAGAUGAUGAACGAUCACAAUUCAAAUAAAGAUCAAAAGAAAAUGAAUGAAAUUAUUUCAGAUCUUCAGAAAAGAAAUUCUGAAAUCGAACAGAAGAAUCAAGAGAUCAAUCAAUUGAAGCAAGAAAUCGAUCAAGAGAAAGAAAAAGUUACAAAUCUCGAUACCGAAAAAUCCAAAAUGCAAAAAGAAAAGAUAAACAUGGAGCAAAUAAUCUCUCAGAACGAACAAGAAAAGAAAGAGUUGCAACAAGUGAUCACAGAGUAUGAGCAAUCUUUGAACGACUUCAAUAUAAAUUCGAUCAAACAAAAAGAACAAAUCAAAACCCUUCAAAAUCAGAUUCAAUCUCUGAAUUCCGAAAUUUCAAAUUUCAACGAAAAAGAGAACGAAGAGAAAGAGAAACACAAAAAUGAAAUAGAUAAAUUAAAUCAAAAAUUGAAUGAUUUGCAAAACCAAAGAAAAAUAUUACAUGAGCAAAUUGAUUUGCAGAAUGAGCAUCACAAGAAAGAGAUGAAUGAUAUACAGUCAAAGAUUAACGAACUUGAAAAAGAGAAGAAGAAAACAAUUGAAGAUUUCCAGAACAAAAUCAAAAACAUUCAAGAAGAAAGUGACAGAAAAAUCAAACAAAAUAUGGAUGAGAUUGAAUCAAAGAACAAAAAGAUACAAGACUUAGAACAAGAAAGGAAUAAUCAACAGAAAAUGA